AUGAUGAAAGUGUUGUCAUUUACUCGAUCUUUAUUUUCGCUCCGUCAAGUGCACACAUCUUUUUCAAGAACUCAAAUGAUACCGAUGGUAGUGGAUCAGGAUGGUCGGGUUGAAAGAGUUUAUGAUAUUUAUUCACGUUUACUCAAGGAUCGAAUUGUAUGUGUCAUGACACCGAUAAAUGAUCAGGUAGCAGCUUCCAUCAUUGCACAGCUUCUUUUUUUGCAAGGAGAAAGUGCCAAGAGCACCAUCAAUAUGUAUAUAAUGUGUCCGGGUGGCAGUGUGACAGCUGGUUUAGGAGUUUAUGAUACAAUGCAGUAUCUCACUGCACCAGUUGCUACGUGGUGUAUAGGUCAGGCUGCAAGUAUGGGUAGUCUUCUUUUAUCUGCCGGUGCAAAAGGUAUGCGUACUUCUUUGCCUAAUGCUCGUAUAAUGGUUCAUCAACCUAGUGGUGGUGCCGAGGGCCAAGCAUCUGAUAUCUUAAUUCGAGCACAAGAAAUUGGAAGACUAAAAACGCGAUUGAAUAAAAUUUAUGCUUUCCACACAGGCCAAGAUGUGAAAGUUAUUGAAGAAGCGCUAGAUCGCGAUCGGUAUAUGAGUCCCGAAGAAGCAAAAGAAUUCGGAAUAAUUGAUCAUAUUGAAACUUCUCAUAUCGAAAUUUGA